CCGUCCGACGCCAAAGUGGAGAGCACUGCCCAGCCAUCACAAGAUUCUGCCGCAGUGAAAACCGAGCUGCCCCACCAUCCUUCGAAUGCGAAGCCUGAGAGCGCAAUGCAGACCGACGCUGCUAGUACGGCGCCGUCGGUGCCGCCACUGCAGAGCGUGGAUCAAGAGAUGCGUGACGCGCCGGAUGUUCCAGCGUCCCCGACCAAGGUUUCGAGGGAGCGCGAGCGUGAUAUUAGCGACGAGCCUGCCGCCAAGCGUACCAAGAUCGGAGGGGAAGGUGCGGCGUCAGCCGAGUUCAAGGUGCCUGAUUUGCCUACACCUAGCGAGGCGCGCUCGGAACGGGCUACAAAUGGAGAAGCAACCAUGACUAAGGUUCAGCACAAGUUCCUCUCCAAGUCAAUCCAGAGCUUGAAGCGGAUGCACGAUUCUCGCUUCUACAGAGAGCCUGUGGAUCCCAUAAAGUUGAAUGUCCCCCAUUACCCGCAAUUCAUUAAACGGCCCAUGGACCUUGGGACCAUUGAGAAGAAGUUGAAAAACAACAAUUAUCGGACUGCACAGGCCGUCAUUGAUGAUUUUAACCUUAUGGUGCAGAAUGCGCUGACAUUCAACGGUCCCGACCACCUUGUCGCUCAAGAGGGGCAGAAGCUCAAGAUCACCUUCGAUAAGCAGAUGGCUAAUCUACCUCGAGCUGAUGAGGUGGAGGAGAAGAAACCGAAGAAGUCUGUUGCUAAGCCCUCGACAGCAGUCCGUCGAGAUCACCGUCCCGCUCCGAGUCCUAGCACGGCACGCGCCACGGGCGCUUCUCCCCAGGCGACAACCUUUGCUUUGGGUCCGGAAGGCCUUCCUUUGAUCCGCCGCGAUUCUGCUAAUGCCGACGGGCGUCCGAAGCGUUCUAUCCACCCUCCGAAGCGCGAUCUCCCGUACUCCACGAAGCCGAAGAAGAAGAAGUAUCAGUGGGAGCUGAGAUUCUGCCAGGAGGUGCUGGAUGAGCUGCACAAGCCGAAGCACUACACCUACGCGAUGCCUUUCUACCACCCCGUUGAUCCUGUUGCGCUCAACAUCCCUACGUAUCACAGUAUCAUUAAGAAGCCCAUGGAUUUCUCUACUGUGCAGAGCAAACUGAGGGCCGGCCAGUAUGAGAAUGCCAAGGAGUUCGAGCUAGAUAUGCGCCUCAUCUUGAAGAACUGUUUCAAAUUCAACAUUCCGGGCGACCCGACCUACAUGGCGGGCCAGCGGCUCGAGGAAGAAUUUAACAAGAAGUGGGCUCAGAAGACACGCUAUCUGGAGCAGCAUGAACCGCAUGUCGAGCAUCACAGCGCAGAGUCUUCCGAAGAGGAGAGCGAGGAGGACGCUGAAGAAAGCGACUACGAUGCCGAGAAGCUCAGCCUGCUGCAGAAGCAGAUGGAAGAGAUGACCCGCCAGAUUGAAGCUAUUACGAAGAAAAAGAAGACCCCCCCGGGAAGCAAAAAGCUCGGAAAGACCAAGCCGUCGAAGAAGGAGAGUAAGAAGCCUAGCACCAUGGGGCUCGCUAAGAAGGAGAGCAAGAAGAGCACCACCAAGGUUUCAGCCAAACCGGAGAAACAGCACUGGGUCACCUACCACGAGAAGCAGAUCAUUUCCAAUGGGAUCAGUAGCCUUCCUGACAAGAAGAUGCAGGAGGCGCUCAAGAUCAUCCAGACUAAUGUCCCUGCCCUCAAGGUAAGCUAUUUGUUCAAUGUGAAUUUACUUUCUAUGCGAGGCCUAACACGUUCUGCAGGGUACCCAAGAGGCUGAAAUCGAGCUCGACAUUGAUGAGCUUCCUAACGACGUUCUCCUUAUGCUACUUCGGUUUGUCAAGAAGAACGCGCCGCAUGUGGUAGAGGAGGAUCCUGCCUCUGCGGCAGCGGCGAACGCGGCCGCCCCGAAGCCGAAGAAGAACAAGCCCAUGAGCAAGUACGAGCAAG